GGCAACAGUGAUGGGCCCCUUUUGUGGCCGGUGCACACGUCCUGCCUCCUGUUCCUUCCUAUAUAAAGGCUGGGAAGCUGGCGGUCCGACACACUCUGCCGAGGCGAGAAUGACGACACAACUCAAUCCAGGACUGGCUGUGUUGCUGUGCGUGGUGGUCGCUGUGCCACUUGCCAACACCGCCGCUUACGUCCCUCAGAUUCCCGAAAGUCAGAAGGAUUCGCCCCUUGCUGAUUUGUGGAGGCAUGCCAUCAAGCAGCAAGGCCCCGCUACAGAGUGUGUUGAGGUACCAAAGACCUUCAUAUCGCCAAGUCUUGGUGAGGUGAUCAACUGGGUGCCGCAAGAUACCGCUCACCCACUCUAUGCCUCUGAGUACUUUGACCUCCUGCGGGAGAUCCUUCUGGAUUACAUGGUUGAUGAGGUGGUGAAGCCUGACGAUCCCAGGAUGAGUCAACCCUCCGGCCUGCAAGUGAAAAAUCGCAACGGCAAGACUAUUAUCUUCAAACUCGUUUCGAGAGAAAUAACAACGAAUGGAGUGAAGGUUGGCAUUAACUCAGUCAACAACGACGGGUCGUACUCCUACAUCCUCUAUAGGAGUCUCUUCCGACACCGCGAGAAGGUGAAGAAGGCCUGGGAGGAGUACAACACAAAGAAUCCUAUUAACCCAGUUGGGAAACCUAAAGGUCGACGCUUCCCUACAAAAGAAUAAAAGACUGCAGCCGCAUCUUGUCCAGCCUCACCAUAGAAGUGCUUGGCGAGAUAAGAGGUGGAGCCAGGCAGCCCCUCAACUUCCUCGUCGCUUUCAUAUUCAGCAGUGUAGAACUGUUAGUAGAGCCGAGAAACCGUCCACUGAGGACAGGCUGACCACCACAGAGCGGGGUCGCCUCCGCCUCACAGCACCACAACACAGCACGAACACAAUGUUCCUCGGCCCUCUGUCAUCAAUGUUGCCUUUUUCUCAUAGGAAUAUAUAAUUAUAAAUUGUU